AUGGAUAAAUGCAAAGUAUCAAUAAAUCAUGUUGGUCUCUACAAUGCGCCACAUCUGGCAUCAACUCCAUUGCAUUUGGACGUGUCCGAAGCUGUAAAUUUCCUGCCGCUUGUUAGGCCACCUGAUUUCAUGUCAAGAGAAGAAAUUAGAGAGGGAAUUGAAUGCCGCUUAUUUGUGCAGAAUGAAGGAGAUGUAGUUUUUGUGCCGUCAGGAGCACCGCACCAAGUACAGAACAUCUUUUCAUGCAUAAAGGUUGCUGAAGAUUUUGUCGCUGCUGAAGGGCUCAGAUGUACGGCCACUAUGACCGAUGAAUUACGUCCAUUACGUGUCAAAGAGGAAGACCUUAUACAGAUGGACACACUGCUGCAUGUGGCAUGCUCAUCUGCAGUUGCGGUACUGAAACGCACUCAUCCCACUAUGGUUACCUCGAAUCUUGCGCCGUAG